AUGGAUUUAGCUCAGAUGUUCAACAACAGCCCCUCGGGCGAGGUGAUCAAGUGCAUCGACAUGCACACCACCGGCGAAGCAACCCGAAUCAUCUAUUCAGGCUUCCCCAAUCUUCAAGGAACACUAUUGGAACAACGCGAUCAAGCCAAGUUACAAUAUGACAAUAUUCGCAAGCGCAUCAUGCUCGAGCCUCGCGGCCACUACGACAUGUACGGCGCGAUCAUCAUCCCAGAUACAGAACUCGUCCAAACGGGGGAGGCACACAUCGGAACACUGUUCACGCACAAUGGCGGCUUCUCCACCAUGUGCGGACAUGCCACGAUAGCCCUAGGCCGUUUCCUGGUCGAUACUCAUGACUUGACCGUAUUCCCUAAGCGGAACACAUUAAAAGUCAUCCCCGCAACCAAUGAGGUUGUGGUCAACGUCCAUGCUCCAUGCGGCUUGGUCCGUGUUAGUGUACCUACUACUCCUGAUGGGGAAAAAUCCGAUCCCUCGCGCCCGGUCACUUUUCUUUCUACGCCGGCGUAUGCUGCUGCGAUUGAUCUUGUGAUUCCUAUUCCCAAGGAUGUCGCGUGGCCGGAGCUGAAUGGCCGAGAUUCAAUCAAGCUUGAUAUUGCCUACGGUGGAGCCUUUUAUGCUCUCGCUGAUGCUCGGGAUUUAGGAUUCGCAGAUGGGCUAAGCAAGGUUGACCUUGCGUCUGUUGCGGGCGCCGUGAAAAAACUCAAGGCCCACCUCGUUACUAAUCCUGAUGUUAUCACUGCACUGCGCCAUCCUGAGGACGAGAGACUUUCUUUCCUGUACUCUGUCAUGCUUGUGGAUCGUGAUAUUGGGUCACGGCCUGAUGGCGUUGAUGGUAAGGAAACUGGUCUCUGUUUCUUCGCUGAGAACCAGAUUGACCGAUCGCCGACUGGCUCAUGUGUCACGGCUCGCAUGGCAUUGGCAAAUGCGAAGAAUGUGAGACCGCGAGGACAGAGGUGGGCUUACAACUCUUUAGUGUCAAACCGAUUUGAUACUGGGGCUUUCAUUGCUUCGAUCGUGAAUGAUGACAUCUUGCUGAAGGGUGAUCACGGAGUAGCAAGGCAGUCUGUUGUGGUUCAAGUCGAGGGUAAGGCCUUUUAUACUGGAGCAGCGACAUUCAUUGUCGAGGAAGGUGAUGCGACAACCGAGAGUGGAUUCACGAUAGAUGAAUGUGCUCAGAAUGGCCCUCCAACAUAA